AAAAAACAUUGAAGAUCAUAGAAAAAAAUGUUCUUAUAAAAUGAUAAGAUGUCCUUUGUGGUGUAAUAAAAAAUUUUAUGACAUGGAAACUUUGGAGAAACGUAUACCAUGUAUACAUAAAAAUAUUCUUGGAAGUUAUGGUGGAUGUAAUGCAGAGUUUGAAAGAUGUCAACUUGAGGAUCAUCUUAGUAAUUGUGUUUAUGAACCAUUGAAAGAUGCAUUUCAUGGAAUUAAUAAUCAUAUGACGGCAUUGGAAAGGAAAAUGGAAAUUAUUCAAAGAGCCCAUAAAGAAGAACUUGAUAGACUUUCCACACUAAAGCUUC